AUGGUGAAGCCCUCGAAAGUUGACAUUAAUGGAGUGAAGAAAGGUGCCUGGAGCGAAGAAGAAGAUAACAAGUUAAGAGCGUACAUACAGAGAUAUGGCUACUGGAAUUGGCGAUUGCUGCCUAAAUAUGCAAGUUUAGCAAGAUGCGGAAAGAGUUGCCGACUACGGUGGAUGAAUUACCUCAAGCCUGGAGUGAAAAGAGGGAACUACAGCACAGAGGAAGUUCAUCUUAUAAUGGAACUACAUGACAAACUUGGAAACAA